AUGCUUUUCGACCCUUCCUCGACGAGCCUGCCCAAGCGCUCCGAAUUGCCCAAAAUCCCCGGCGCCCCCGACGGAGCAGCCUGGUUCUGGGGCAAAGACGACGAGCUUGGUCGUCUCAAUCUCCUCACGCCCGAGCGCGUCUCCAAGGCCGCGGCACUGAUCAAAAGCGGCGAGGUCGUGAAUCUCAACUGGCGUGCCGACUAUCCCAACCCUCCUGCCUUUGGAAGACAGAAGUUCAAGCACACCAUUUCACCGCUGGGUGAAGCCGGGUUCGAUGACCUGUACGACAUGAACACCCAAAGUGGAUCGCAAUGGGACGGGUUUCGACAUGUUGGCCUCAAACACGAUGGCGGCGUGGUCUUCUAUAACGGACUUACAGUGGACGAGAUAUACAAGACCGACCGGUGCGGGAUGCAGGCGUGGGCCAAACACGGAAUAGCCGGCCGCGGCGUCCUCCUCGACUACUGGGGGUACUCGGGCGGCAACUACGACCCGGUCUCGUCGCACCGGAUCCCGCUGAGCGAGCUGCAGGCGUGCGCGCAGAAGCAGGGCGUCACCUUCCAGCCGGGCGACAUCCUGCUGGUGCGCUCCGGCUUCGUGAACGCGUACAACAAGCUGGGCGCGCCGGAGCGGGCGCACCUGGGCACGCUGAGCAUCCCGGAGCACACGUUCGCGGGCGUCGCGGCGACGGAGGAGAUGAUCGACUUCCUGCACGACAACUACUUCGCCGCCGUGGUCGGCGACGCGCCGGCCUUCGAGGCCUGGCCCGUCCAGCAGGUCUCCUUGCACCAGUACCUCCUCCCGCGCUGGGGCUCCCCGAUUGGCGAGAUGUGGGACCUCGAGCAGCUCGCCGAGACGUGUCGCCGGAAGGGCCAGUAUACGUUCUUCCUCUCGAGCGUCCCGGCCAACGUGCCCGGUGAGUUGUUUUCUUCUACUUAUACCUCAUCCCUGCACUCCCCUACUCUGCUCUGCUAUUAA